GUACUGCAGCUGGGAGGAGGCGGGAGGUGGAGUAUGUGGGGCCAAGAUCAUGCCUAACAGCGAGAGGUGUUCUGGGCUGCGCAGGCCGCUAGGCUGGGGAUGAAAGAAGCAGGGCAGAUGCAAAAUCUGGAGAGCGCAGGGCCCGGGCGGUCAGUCAGCACCCAGACUGACAGCAUGACCGGUCAAAUACCAAGGCUUUCUAAAGUCAACCUCUUCACUCUGCUCAGUCUCUGGAUGGAGCUCUUCCCAGCAGUAGAAGCCCAAAGACAAAACUCUCAGCAAAAGGAAGAGGGAAAGCAUGGACCCUUAGAAGAUAAUGAAGAAAUGGCCAGAGUAUCUACUGACAAAAAACAGGUGAAGAAAACUGGUCUUGUGGUGGUGAAAAACAUGAAAAUUGUUGAUCUUCACUGUUCGAGUGAAGAGUUACAUGCUGGGAAAAUUGCUCUUAUAAAACAUGGGUCAAGGCUGAAAAACUGUGAUCUUUAUUUUUCCAGAAAACCAUGUUCCGCUUGUUUGAAAAUGAUUGUAAAUGCUGGAGUUAACCGAAUUUCAUAUUGGCCUACUGAUCCAGAAAUAAGUUUGCUUUCUGAGACUUCUAGUUCUGAAGAUGCAAAAUUAGAUGCCAAAGCAGUGGAAAGAUUGAAAUCAAACAGUAGGGCCCACGUGUGUGUCUUGCUUCAGCCUUUGGUGUAUUAUAUGAUGCAGUUUGUAGAGGAGACCUCUUGCAAAUGUGACUUUAUUCAAAAAAUUGCAAAAACAUUUCCAGAUGCUAACAUUGACUUUUAUUCUAAAUGUAGACAAGAAAAAAUAAAAGAAUAUGAAAUGUUAUUUUUGGUUUCCAAUGAAGAACUACAUAAGCAGAUACUGAUGACUAUAGGUUUGGAGAACCUAUGUGAAAAUCCAUACUUUAGCAAUCUAAGGCAAAACAUGAAAGACCUUGUCGUACUUUUGGCUACAGUAGCUUCCAGUGUGCCCAACUGCAAACACUAUGGAUUUUAUUGUGACAAUACUGAACAGAUUAAUGAAAUUCACAAUCAAAGUUUGCCACAAGAAAUUGCAAGACACUGCAUGGUUCAGGCCAGGUUAUUGGCAUAUCGAACUGAGGAUCAUAAAAUAGGAGUUGGAGCAGUCAUUUGGGCAGAAACAAAAUCUCAAAAUUGUGAUGGGACAGGCAUGAUGUACUUCAUAGGAUGUGGUUAUAAUGCUUUUCCUGUUGGAUCUGAGUAUGCUGACUUCCCAAACAUGGAUGACAAACAGAAAGACAGAGAAAUAAGGAAAUUCAGAUACAUUGUCCAUGCGGAACAGAAUGCCUUGACGUUUAGGUGUCAAGAAAUAAAACCAGAAGAAAAAAGUAUGAUUUUUGUGACAAAGUGCCCAUGUGAUGAGUGUGUACCUUUAAUUAAAGGUGCAGGCAUAAAACAAAUCUAUACAGGGGAUAUAGAUGUUGGAAAAAAGAAGGCAGACAUCUCUUACAUGCGAUUUGGAGAACUUGAGGGUGUUAGCAAAUUUACAUGGCAACUGAAACCAUCAGGAACUUGUGUUCUUGAACAAAAUGAGCCUGAAAGCAGAGAGAAUGGUGUGGUGAGACCCAUCCCUUCAAAUGAAGAGCUGCCUUCAAACAAGAAGCUGUGUCUUGGAAACCACUUGGAAGUCCCGUCUAAACUGGAGUGAAGACUUCAAGAAUUUUUAUUGCACUUUAAAAAGUCAGCUUUGUUAACUGAGAAAAUAAGGAUGGAUUUUGUAAACAGUUGAAAAAAUUUUUGAGAAAGCUAAUUUAUUACUAGCAUAUGAAUGAUGUUACUGAGAAUAUUUUAACUUGAGAUUUAUUUGUUUGUUUCCAGAAUAUAGUACUAUGCUCUUUUAUUAUACUGAGUGAGGUAGCAAUAAUAUAAGGACACCAACUUAAUUGCCCAUAGGGAUUGAGUUCUCCCUGUGUUUGCUUUAUGUUAGCCAGUUUAAAGGGGUGUGGGUCACUGGGAGUUACAUCUCAGCGGAGAAAUGCACAUCUUUUAAGAAAUAUUAAUUCCUUUGGGUGAUGGUGACAAUUUAAUAAACUUCUCCAGGGAUAUAAAUGACAACCUGGCUAUUUUGAAGAGUCAGUAUAUGGAUCACCAAAAGUUCACAUUUAUACUCAAAGCUUUGUAAUAACCAGAAUUUAUUUAAGAUGGAAUCAUAAAUAUGAAGUUGGUGGGCCUGGUCUGCAUUAUUAAAAGUAUAUUUUUUAAAAGGUUA